AUUUGUCUGUGUACUUGGACUCUGGACGCGGAGAUAACCUCUCUUCUUCAGUAAAGCAGUAUAUUCAAAACCUUCUCAAGGUGAAUAUGGAGCCGGCAUAUGGAACAGAAUGGCCUGAAGAAGAGAAAGUAAAGCGCAGGCAGAUGGUUUCUUCUGAAGCUCGUUAUAUAUUUGUCUAUGAGACCGUAAAUGCGGAUGCCAACAUUAUGUUCAAAUUAUCAAAGAAAGGAAGGAGUAACGCAGACGGUACAGAUGAUAAGGGUCAUCUUGUGGCUUUUGUACAUUAUCGCUUCACCAUCGAGGAAGAAAUUCCUGUUCUUUAUGUGUAUGAAUUACAGCUUGAGCACCGUGUUCAGGGGAAGGGGCUGGGAAAGUUCUUAAUGCUGCUAAUUGAGCUGAUUGCUCAGAAGAGCAAAAUGAGUGCCGUGGUGCUAACUGUUCAGAAAGCAAACAUGACGGCAAUGAACUUUUAUAGGAAUAAGCUAAGGUACCUGAUAUCUAUCAUGUCACCUUCACAGAUGGGGCUACAGUCCAAUUAUGAGAUUCUUUGCAAGUCAUUUAAUUAUGAAGCUAAAGCUGUACUAGAGAUGAAAUUUCUCAAAUGGAACAAACUACAAUCUAUGUUAUGGUCAAGGUUCCAGUUCUGUAAUUUCUUUUCGGUUCAACGAUCGAAGAUUCUCUUUUUCUCUCUUGGUGAUGUUGUUUUGUCAUAUGUAUGGCCACUGGUUCAUUUCCAUGAAAUGCACAGUGUUAUCCUAUUGGAUAGAUGAAGUGCACAAUCAUUUAGGAUUAUAGGCGCAAUUUCCUGACAAAUUAUCUAUUUUUUUUCUCUCUAAAAUCUCUGUCCAAUGAAGGGGUGAAGAUAACUGAGUACAAGGUGAUUCAAAAUCCGUCCUGCGAAGCAUCUUACAAAGUUCUAGCAUGUCAGCUUGACGAUAAUGAAACCUGUGAAGAG